GAGAUAACAGCCGAUAUAGACUUUAAAUUUUAGUGACAGAAUUUGUGUAUCCGUCCCUAAAAAGAAUCUAAAUACAUGCGAAUUUUCAGAGCAAAUUUCAGUGGUUCACUUCAAAGCAUUCCAAUAAAAUUUUCUUUUUAUUUAUUAUCUUUGGUCAUUUGCCUCCAUCUUUCCUUUGAAAUCUUUCAGAUUUUUUUUUUUAAAAAUCAGGGUUUCUCCGCUUAAAUUAAGCCCACAAAAGGGGGAAUAAUGUUAACCAGUAAGACAUUAAUUCAACCUCCUUCCAUUCAUCUCCAAAACCCUAAUCUUAAACCCUCUCCUUCAAUCCCUAAAAGACCCACCUUCUCAUCCCUUCCUUUUCACCGAUCAUUUUUACUGUCUUUUUCACAUAAUUUGACGCCCCGAAAUCUUAGCCGUCACUGCAUUAGCCCUGGCCAGGAACUGAGUUAUGAAAAUGAAGAUUUAGUCGAAGAACAAAAUGAAGAAGAAGAAGUGGAAAUCAGCCGGGAAAUCAAGGGAGAGGGAUUAGCAAAUCAGAGCAUAUGGAAUCAAAUGAAAGAGAUUGUGAUGUUUACUGGACCGGCUACUGGGCUUUGGCUUUGCGGGCCCUUGAUGAGUCUUAUUGAUACUGCUGUCAUUGGUCAAGGAAGCUCAAUCGAGCUUGCAGCUUUAGGUCCUGCAACGGUUGUUUGUGAUUAUACAGGUUAUAUGUUUAUGUUCCUUUCAAUUGCCACUUCCAAUAUGGUGGCCACUUCUCUUGCUAGACGGGAUAAAAAUGAAGUUCAGCAUCAGAUAUCUAUCCUGCUUUUUAUUGGGUUGUUUUGUGGCUUUUUGAUGCUUAUCUUAACUAGAUUCUUUGGUUCAUGCGCAUUAACAGCUUUUUCUGGACCCAAGAAUGCACAUCUUGUACCUGCUGGAAACACAUAUGUUCAGAUUAGAAGUUUCGCAUGGCCAGCAGUUCUAGUUGGAUGGGUGGCGCAAAGUGCCAGCCUUGGCAUGAAAGAUUCCUGGGGACCAUUGAAAGCAUUGGCUGUUUCCAGUGCCAUAAAUGGUAUUGGUGAUGUUGCCUUAUGCAUAUUUUUAGGUUAUGGCAUCGCUGGAGCUGCAUGGGCAACAAUGGUUUCACAGGUUGUUGCAGCUUAUAUGAUGAUUGAAGCUUUAAACAAGAAAGGGUACAAUGCAUUUGCCAUCUCCAUUCCAACAUUUGACGAGCUGCUGAGCAUGCUAGCAAUUGCUGGUCCAGUAUUUGUAACUUUGACGGCAAAGGUAAUUUUCUACUCUAUCCUCGUAUAUUUUGCUACAUCCAUGGGAACACACACUGUUGCUGCUCAUCAGGUCCUCCUUCAAACAUAUGCGAUGUGCACUGUUUGGGGUGAGCCUCUCUCUCAAACCGCACAGUCAUUUAUGCCUGAGUUGAUAUAUGGAGUCAAUCGAAGUUUGCCAAAGGCUAGAAUGCUGCUAAAAUCACUUGUCACUAUCGGCGCUACACUUGGACUAGUAUUAGGGAUUAUUGGAACGGCAGUUCCUCGGUUUUUUCCCAAUAUCUUUACACCCGAUGUAAAGGUCAUCCAAGAGAUGCACAAGGUGCUAUUACCAUACUUUCUUGCAUUAGCUAUAACCCCAAGCACUCACAGCCUUGAAGGCACUUUGCUGGCCGGACGAGAUCUUCGAUUUAUUAGCUUGUCAAUGACAGGAUGCCUUGCCUUUGGUGCGCUUAUACCACCGCUUUUGACUUCUAGUGGAUGUGGCUUGGCGAGCUGCUGGUUUGCACUUAUGGGGUUCCAAUGGGCUCGGUUUUUCCUUUCCCUUCAACGUCUUCUUUCUCCGAACGGCAUACUGUAUUCCGAAGACUUAACACAAUUCGAAUUGAAGGAUAUGAAAGCAUCUUAGUUUCGGAAUCCGCCAUGCCAUUGAUGUAUUUUGACAUUCUUCCACAGCAAAUCAUAGUUGGAAGAUUAAGGACUGCACCUAUAUUUAUAUAUGUAACUUAUUUUUUUAUUCAAUUCUUACUGCUAUUUAUAAUCUUAUAAAUCCUUAAAUUAAAGGAAAAUACAUGUUCUCAAAUUCAACUACUCCUAAUAGUUGCACUUGCAACAGUGUCAACUAAAUUCAGGUUCAAUCGAUUAUAUGUAUGCAAAUUUUAAUACUAA